UAAACCGUCCCACAUGACAACAUGUCAGGUUUGCUAAGUUAGCUAGUAGGCUAGCUACACUUAGCUUACCCUAAUGAUGUGGCCAGUGGAAAACACCGGUCUGGUAAGCGCCACCGACACAACAGCCGUGGCUUCAGAGAGAUGAGUGGACCAUGGUAGACAUUGUAGAAAUAGCCCCGGAGUCAGACGACAGGAAACGACCCACUGCCAUGGCAGCUGGUGUCAGCGUCCCGAGUGACCUACCUUACUCCGUGAGCGGAUCGAGUGGAGACAACAGCACAGAGAUGGAGACAGCCAAUGCGAGGGUCCCCACGGCAAAAUACACAAAGAUGGGGGAGACCCUGAGGCACGUCAUCCCCGGGCACAUGCAGUGCUCCAUGGCCUGCGGAGGGAAAGCCUGUAAAUAUGAAAAUCCCUCCCGCUGGAGUAAUGAGGAGCAAGCCAUCAAAGGACUCUACUCGUCCUGGAUUACUGACAACUUGCUAGCUAUGGCAAGGCCUUCCACUGAAAUCAUAGAGAAAUAUAAUAUAAUCCAACAGUUUCAAAGGUGUGGUUUGAAGACAGUGAUCAACCUGCAGCGACCCGGUGAACACGCCAGCUGUGGGAACCCACUGGAGCAGGAGAGUGGCUUCACAUAUCGACCGGAGACUUUCAUGGAGGCAGGCGUUUAUUACUACAACUUUGGCUGGAAGGACUAUGGCGUGGCAUCGCUGACUACAAUCCUUGACAUGGUGAAAGUCAUGUCGUUUGCUGUCCAAGAAGGGAAAAUGUCGGUCCACUGCCAUGCUGGUCUUGGAAGAACAGGCGUGUUGUUGGCCUGUUACUUGGUCUUCACGUCCCGGAUGAAUGCUGACCAGGCCAUCUUGUUCAUGCGAGCCAAGAGACCCAACUCCAUCCAGACCAGAGGCCAGCUGCUGUGUGUCAGGGAGUUUGCCCAGUUCCUGGUUCCCCUCCGGAGCGUCUUCUCCUGUGCAGAACCCAGAGCGAGUGCCGUCACCUUGUCCCAGUACCUCACCAGGCAGCGCCACCUGUUGCAUGGCUAUGAAGCUCGGCAAAUGAAGAAUGUGCCAAAAAUUGUGCAGCUGGUGUGCAGGCUCCUCCUCGAUAUCGCGGCCAACAGACAAGCGGUGAUCGAGCAGGGGUGGCUGGAGAUCCCCGACCUCACAGCAGAGGUGGAGAAGACAGUGUCCCAGCAGGCCCUUCAGCUGCUGGGGAGGGAGAUGAGAGGGAAGGGGAUCCCUGUCCCACCUUGUUUAACUCAUCGUCUGAGCCCACAAGCUCUGCGGUCCAGAUCCUCUCAUGAUCAGCCUCUCAGCAGUGAUAAUGACCUGGACCCUCUGUGGAGGCAGCAGAAUAUAGAUAGCCCUCUAAGAUCUUCUCUGUCCAACAGCAGGAGCCUCAGCUACAGCGACACCGUCCUUCACAAACUUGGAUCAAAGCAGCAGCAUUUAGGAAAUCUGAAGAGCGUCAGUCAAUUUAACUACCUGAUCAAACAUUCCUUGUCUCACAGCAGCCUUGCAGCCUACGAACACACCAGACUGUGUAAACUCUCUCCUCAGGACAUCAUCAGAAGCAUUCAGGACCCGCAUGCAGAAGCAAAGCAAGACCCUUGGUCUCCCUUCUUAAAAAACCAGCUUCAUAAGGGGUUUCAGAGUCUGGCUUUAGAUCUGUUAGAGCAGGGGAGAAAAUCCCAGUGUAACUCCACGCCGCCAGCCUUAUCAGCCCAGAGCAGACGUGUAACCAACGAGGAGCAGCCAGACGACGACGUGUCAGCGGGCGGCGCAGAGAGAGGGAAUGUCACGGAGGGUCCCGUCAUCACCCUUCAGUCUGAGCUGGCUCCAGAGAGAAGGCGACUGCUGCUGGCCAAAGUUCUGGCCAUGGAUGUGACGGACAAAGAUCUGACCUCCAAGGUCUCAAAGUGGCAGACAGAGCUGAACACCAGGGAGGGGGCGUGGGAGAGGCUGCGCACGGAGAGAGAUCCCCUGGUCCUUUCCGGUCUGAUGUGGUCGUGGCUGGAGCAGCUCAAGGAUCCAGUCAUCAGCGGUGAGGAUGUUAAAGCUUUCAGCGGGAAGACAGUGAGCCCACAGAAUGCCCUCGACUCACUGGAAAAGGGUCACCGGCUCACUUUGCUCUGCAUCCUCGACUGUGCUGCUCAUCUCCUGCCAAUGCCUGAAGACGUGGAGACUCGUUUUCUCAACCAAACAAUCAAAGUGUUUACCAAAAUUGACCCUGCCUCAGAGAAGAAUGAGUCGUUGAACGUGACACUGAAAGCAAUCCUCACUCCCAUUCUUCAUGAGCUGCGAGACAAUGCUGCGGGAGAGAACGAAGAGACCUGAUCGUGCCUUAACACGAUCCGUCUGACAAAAGGAAGAGUUACUCAUCUUUGGGCAUUACUGUGUUUUAAGCCAGUUCCUUGCAUUUGAUUUUGCUGAGAUCUGCCAAUCUUUGCUCUUUUCCUGACUGAAAAAAUAACUUAAGCAUUGUGUUGUUCUUUAAAGUGCUUCAUAGACUCCGAGCACUGCCAUAUUGUGUGUUAACGUGCCACUAUGCUCAGUUUGAACGCCUCUGUUUGUCAUCGGUUCUACUGUGAUGUUUGUGUACCUGUUAGUGGGUAGGAAAUGACUGAGAAAGAUUCUCAUGAAGUUAAUGUAAAUGUUAUUUAAAUGUAUAACUCAGCUGUUAAAGCGAGGGGGGAUGUGGGGGUCUUAUUUAAACCAAAAUAUGUUUAUACACUGUGCAGAUGUUACAACGUGUCUUAUUUAUUGUGAUUGUCUUGUUGGAAACGCAGACGUUAGUUUUAAUAACUAUAACCUGAUGACAAGCUGCGAGGCUGCUUUGUUCCUCCGGAAUGUAAGAUGUUAGCUUUUUUUUUUAAGAGUCAGAUGCAAACUGUAGCCAUUGUGACAAUGCAAAGGCAACAGGCCAUACUGCAUUUGCUUUCCCAAUCAGUUAUACUGUGCGUCCUUAAUACUGUGUGCACCUCUCACUGUUCUGUUGUACAUGCAUUUGUAAAACGUCGAUCUGCCUCCACUGCUGCAUUUAGCAAAACUGCCUCAGCUCAAAUGACCUCUGCCUGGAUUCUGCUGCUGCUAAUGUGUGUGUGUGUGUGUGUGUGUGUGUGUGUGUGUGUGUGUGUGUGUGUGUGUGUGUGUGUGUGUGUGUGUGUGUGUGUGUGUGUGUGUGUGUGUGUGUGUGUGUGUGUGUGUGUGUGUGUGUGUGUGUGUGUGUGUGUGUGUGUGUGUGUGUGCGCGUGUGCGCGUGUGUGUGUGUGCGCAAGUUUAUGUGUCUCUCUCUCUCCUCACAUCUCAUCCAUGAACUCAAUGCAGAAUGUGGAACACUAAUGAUAAUAAUAUAGAUAUGAAGGACAUGAGACACUUAGGGGAAUUUCAACAAGCACUAUUUUUUCAUUGUUACAGCGGCCUACUUCUUAACACAAUUAAACACAACUGACUUAAA